AUGUCAGAGAUUGCAACUGCCAGCUGCCGUGAAUAUCACGAGGAGAAGAUUGCAGACGCCGAAACCAAGGUCAUCGACUGUGAGCAAGUUGAAAAUGACGAUCCGGCAAAGCAGGUCGAGUUCCAUGAGCCGAAGUCUCUUCACAAGGCGCUCCAUGCUCGACAAAUUUUCAUGAUUGCUAUUAGUGGUGCCAUUGGAACCAGUCUCAUCAUUGGUACUGGAUAUGCUCGGGCUCGGGCUGCGCCGGCGCCAGUUUUCAUCUCAUAUCUCCUCAUUGGUUUCGUCGUCUAUAUGGCCAUGGGUACCCUUGGUGAAAUGACUUCCUACAUCCCUCUCGCGUCGGGCUUCGCUCGCUAUGCGUGCCGAUAUGCUGAUGAUGCCUUGGGGUUCCGCUACUGGCAAGAUCCUGGUGCGUUCAAACCCUACCUCGCCGAUGGCAGCUAG